AUGAGUGUAAAUGAAUAAGAACUACAAAACAAUGUUGAAAAAUUAGUAGACAAUGUAAAUUUCACUAUUCAAAAUAUUAGUACAUGAAAAAAUCAAAGUCUUAUCAUCGAUAAAGAUCCUCUAUUUCAAUGAAUGAAGAAUAGCGCGAUUUUACUUAAGAAAUACUAGAAAAGGAAUUUUCAAAGAGUGCUUUAAUGGAAGAAUUGUCAAAAUAAAUUUAAUAAAUUGUUGACCAUUUGAUUCAAAGGCAUUUGUUUGACGUUCAUUAUUCAAUAUAUAAUUUCUAGUUUCAAAAUCAACUUCUCCAUAUAUAGAAUGAAUUAUAUUAAUUGAAGUCAAAAUAGUUUAUAAUUGGAAGUUAGGAGAGUACCAUUAAAUAAACACUAGUAUUAUCAAAAAAUAGUUCAUUUACUGAUUUUAAUGAUUAAUUUCUCUUUGAAGAUUAAAUUAAAAAUCUGAAAAAUAAAAUCAAAAAUUUAAAAGAGGAGGUGAAUCAGAAAACCCAAUCUCAUGAUUCAUUAAUAGAUAUGCUCUUGGAUUAAUAGUAAUCUAAAAUUUAUAUUAAUAUAAUUAAGGAAGGAUUUAAAAGAGAAUUUAAGAAAAAAUUUAUUCGAUAUUGAUGUGAAAUCAAUUGAAAAAAGAAUGCAUGAUUAGAUACGAUUAAGUAAUGAAUUUCCUAAUAAAUUAGGCGUUGAAACAUAAAGUCGAGAUUUUGUUGAAACAAAAUUUCAUUAAUUUAAAUAGAUAGUAGAGUAAAGCAAUUAAAAAUAGAAAGGUAACUACUAAAGUAAAAUUAGAAAAGGAUGCUGUGAUGUGGACUAUUGUAAAUGAAUGUAAGAGUGAGAUGGAUAAAUUAAAUUUGAAAUUGAAUGGAGUUAAUAGUCUUUUGUAAGAAAAUAACAAUUGGUUCCCUUAAAUUUGGAAAAGGAAAUGA